AUGUCGGUCAUCAAUGUUUCUUCGGUCAAAUUGGAACACGCAGCAGCACCUUUCACGGAGCCAUUCACAUUCGACAUCACUUUCGAAGCGUUGCGGGCCCUCGACGAUGCAGAUGUGGAAUGGAAGGUCAUCUACGUCGGCUCCACCGAAGAUCUCCAACAUGAUCAGGAGCUUGACAGCUGUUCGGUCGGGCCCAUUCCGGCUGGCGUAAAUAAUUUUGUCUUCGAAGCCGCAGCACCAACGCCAGGAAGCAUACCGAAGGACGAGCUGCUCGGUCUCACGGUCGUAAUAUUGUCAGCAUCGUACGCAAACCAGGAAUUCGUCAGGAUAGGCUAUUACGUCAACGUCGAGUACGACAAUGAAGAGCUGCAAGCCCAAGAUCCGCCACCUGAUCCACACGUAAUCGAGCGCCUGCAACGUCGCGUAUUGGCGGAGAAACCUCGCGUCACUCGCUACAACAUCAAAUGGGACAUCGAAGAGGAGCCAACAUCCGCAAAGACAACCUUGCUCGACGCGUCAUUGGCGACUAAUGGCGAACAAAAUCCGCAAACAGCGCUCACAGCGCAGCAAGGUCUCGAUGACACUGCUGAGCCAGCGGAGGUCACCAAGGCCGAGACUGCCUCUCAGGCCGUCGCUGUUGCGUGA